AUGGAAUUUGUGGAAAAUAGUACACGUCAAACGUUUUUUGAGCAACAUACAACUUUUGGUGGUGGUAGUUCAUCUACUUCAAGAAAUCAGUAUAAUGCUUUUAUCCAGCCUUCAGGCGGUCCAGUGAGAUAUUUAAGAGAACAUGAAUCAGGGGACACAGGAAGACAUGUUAAUUUCUUGAGAAAUAAUAUUGAUCCUCAAUCGAGUUCUCUUGGUGACAGUAUCAGGGAGGUCGGUCAUAGGGAUGAUCCUAUUGUUAUUGAGGGCACUUCUAAUGGUGGGGGAGAACUAGGAAAAAUUAAUUGUGGACGUGAAUUUCAUUUUCAAUGCAUCAGGAAGUGGCUGAAGAGAAACAAUUCUUGUCCUAUUUGCAGAAGGAUUGCUUUGACUCCAUAA